GCAAAAAAUAUUUUUCUGGGUAUGCACGUCUAAAAAACAGCACAUUGUGGUUUGCAUGGCAGCGAUACUGCAUACUUGAUUCACUGCACCAAGUACUCGACAUUAGGGCUGCAACGAUUCCUCAAGUACCUCGAGUAACUCGAUUACAAAAAAUGUUCGUUUAAUUAAAUUUAAAGCUCACGUUUCGCACGGAUUCUUUUUAGUGUGACACAACGUGCUUACGUCACAGGCUAUGCGUCCCUUACAAAGCGGAAGAAGACAGAAGCGGGCUUUUGGUAACGUGUGUGGACAGUUUUGCUGUACAGAAUGGCAGACGCCGGGACCGAAAACAGCGAAAAUGAGCUGUCGAAGGUGUGGGAUCAUUUUAAAUUAAAAAUUAAGGACAACAUCGUAGUGUGUAUACAUUGCAAGAUGGAGCUGGCGUACCAUAACAGCACGACUUCAAUGCUGCAGCACCUCAAAAGAAAACACCCAUUUGACGACAUGAGCAGACGACCCGAGACAAGGUAAAUUCAACAUAAAAUCCAUGAUGUGAUAAACCUUAACGUUACUAACGUCGCAUUAGUCCAAGGAACAUUGUUGUUAUUAAUUAUGACUAACAUUAAGCAGUGGUGGCAAGUAAUUAAGUACACUUACUCAAGUACUGAAAUACAAUUUAAGGUAUUUUUACUUCACUUGAGUAUUUCCAAUUUGUAAUACUUUAACUUCUACUCCACUACAUCUCAGGCAAAUAUUGUACUUUUACUCAACUACAAUUAAUUGACAACUUACCAGUUACUUUGUAGAUUUAUAUUAUUAUUACAAAACAUACAGUAACCACUUCAGCACUAUAUAUACUUCAGCUAUUUGAAAGUAGCUGAUCUGUGAGCGUGUAGAUCUGCUAUUAACAGAUUAACCAUACCAUAUGUCUACUAAUUUUAGUUUGCAGUAUAUUGGGUCAGUAAGGCUUAUUGUAGGAUUAAGACAUUUAGCCUUCAAAAUAUCUAUUAAGUAAUUAUUUUCACCUCUUUUUCAGUAAACCAUCACAGCCUCUUAUGGACAAGUUUCUGCAAAAAGCACCAGCCUGCACCCCUGCACAAGCAGCUGUACUGACAGACAGCAUUCUAAAUAUGCUGGUCACAGACAUGCGCCUGCUGAGCAUGGUGGAGGAUGGCGGCUUUAAGGCGAUGAUUUCCACUUUCCAUCCCAAUUAUGAACUUCCAUCAAGAACCUUCUUCACAAAACAGUUGGACAAAAAGUAUGAAGACAUCAAAGACAAGAUGAAGAAAGCCCUGCAAGAGACUGACAGUGUGGCACUCACAACUGAUAUCUGGACGAGCGUUGCAACAGAGGCUUAUAUUGGGGUGACGUGCCACUAUCUGAAGAUUUGGAAAAUGGUGUCCCACUGCCUGACAACGAUGCCCCUGGAAGAGAGUCACACAGCUGCAAAUAUUGCAGAAUGGAUUGAUCAUUCCACUGGAGAAAAUCAAGGCCAUCGUCCAUGACAAUGGUGCUAAUGUCGUAGCAGCAGCGAAGAUUUUGCAUGAAAAGCAUGGAUGGGCAUCGGUGAAAUUUGCAGGACACACCCUCAACUUGGUCGUGCAAAACUCUGAAAAGCCAACAGGCUAUCUCCAAGUGUGUGGCUGCUGCAAGAAGCCUUGUUGAACACUUUAAGAAGAGUGAACUUGCAUGCACAAAGUUUAGGGUCAAGCAGAAGCAAAUGGGUACCAAGGAGAACAUGCUGGUGCAAGAUGUCUGCACACGCUGGAACAGCACCUAUGCCAUGUUGUUCAGGCUGCAAGAACAGAGAUGGCCAGUGACUGCUAGACUGUCUGACCCAACAGUGACCCAGAGAGGGAAACACUACCUGGAUCUCAAGACUGACCAGUGGAGCCUGAUUGAGGAGCUGAACCUGGUCCUUGAGCCCUUUAACUCAGCCACAGUGUUUAUGAGUGGACAACAAUAUGUCACACUAUCUGCACUUCCACAUAUUGUGCACAAAAUUAAGAAGAAACUACAGAAUCCAGAUCUUGAGUCGCCACCUGUGAAGUCAUUCCAGGCUCAUGCGACAGAACAAGUCACAGAAAGAUGGACAGACUUAACGGAGUUCAAACCUGAAUCUCCAAACAUCACCCUGCUUGCUGCUGCUCUGGAUCCCAGGUUUCGAAAACUGAAGUUCUUGCCUGCUGACCAAGCAUUCAGUGUCAAAAGCACAGUACAAACCAUGGCGGCACUUGCUGCCAAACAGCAAGUGAGGCCCACUGCAAGUGGAAAUGGAGCAUCCAGCACACCAGAGGACUCACCACCAGCAGCACAUGGUGGCAAGAUGCCCACAUCGUUACUUGACUACUUGACUCCACCACCAGUGAAGAACAAGAUGAGGAGCAGCUGUCAAAUGAAGCUGUACAGAAGGAGGUCUUGAUGUAUUAUUUUGGAGAACAGCCCCUGCCCAAGAACAAUAAUCCGCUGACAUGGUGGAAAGCAAAUGCACCACGCUAUCCAACACUGGCCAAGCUGGCAAAGUCCCUGCUGUGUAUUGUGUAUCCACACCAUCAGAGCGUUUGUUUUAAGCAGCAGGUAACAUUGCUUCAAAGAAGAGGGCAAGCCUCAGCCCUGAGCGUGUAGAUAUGCUCACCUUCCUUCACUGCAACCACGUGCUCCUAAUGGCUUGCACACACAGGUCAGGAGAGACUGUAAAGGGGGUGUAAGACUCUUGUUCCAAGUCCCGGUCCACAGCCAAGCAUUUCUGUUGAGACGUAUGGGUUCUGAUUCUGAAUGUGAAGUUGCACAAUUUAAAGGCAGUGUUUAAGAAUAUGUAUUUUUUUAUUUUAUUAUUGAUACUUAGAAAAGAUAAGUGGGAAACAAUGUUAUUUAUUUUUACUUAAUUUUAUGUCUCAGGAAAUGUUAAGUUUGAAGUAAUUUUAUUUAUUUUUAUUGGAAAUUUUGACUGAAACGGUUUACUACUUUGCAUAAUAUGUAUAAUAAAUAAAUGUCAAUUUUUCUUGAAAAGGAAACAAAUUGGUUGUUAUUAUUGAGUGAUCUGUCUUGUUUUAUAUUGUAUAUUUAUAAUUGGGCUUUAAUUAAGCAAAAGUAUGUUUUAUCCGAUUACCCGAUUAAUCGAUGGAAUAUUCAAUAGAAUACUCUAUUACCAAAAUAUUCGAUAGCUGCAGCCCUACUCGACAUACAUUGUGGAGGAAAUCGUUUUUUAUCAACAGUGAUUUAAUUUGAAGUGCUAAUUUAACUGUUAACUCAAACCAUGGUUUUUGAAUGCUUUUCUUGUGAUUGCAUUUACAUUUUAGGCAUUUAGCUGCUGCUCUCUUCCAGAAGUGACUCUCUGUAUGUUUUGAUUCAUGGUGGUAGUUUAUAUAGAUUUUACAUCUCUCAGUCCAGCUCUUUAGGAAUUCACAAGCAUCCACCGACAGCUGAUAACCUUUUAAUACCCUCUCAGAUGAGGACUUAAAAAGUUGUUGAUUUUAAUACAUCUGCCACUGCGAGAUGUGAAGUACAUUUCAAGCAGCCAGUAUGCUGAAAAUGUCAGUGGCACUUUUUAUUAAGAAAAAUAUACUUGGAAAAUGGCAUGCAAAUGAAUCGGCACAACAAACAACAGAUAUGAAACUGCAGAUAUGUAGAGUGUUUUAGUUGGAUUCUUUGUUUCUUCUCAUUACGAUUUUGAUUUCCCUUUUUUU